CCCGCCGCGCGCUUCGCUUGAGGAAGAAAAACCCAGCCAAAUCCUCAGUCCUCACUCAGGCUGCUCUCUCUCAGCUCGUGCUCUCUCGAUUUCUCCGCUCGACAUGGCGCUCCAGGCGGCGACGUCCUUCCUCCCCUCCGCCCUCUCCGCGCGCAAGGAGGGGUCGGUCAAGGACUCGGCGUUCUUGGGUGUUCGUCUCGCGGAUGGCCUCAAGCUGGAGACCACUGCUCUCGGCCUACGCACCAAGAGGGUGAGCACGUCGGUGGCCAUCCGCGCGCAGACGGCAGCGGUGUCCUCCCCAUCAGUGACCCCCGCGUCGCCGUCAGGCAAGAAGACCCUCCGCAAGGGCACGGCGGUCAUCACCGGCGCGUCGUCCGGUCUCGGCCUGGCCACGGCGAAGGCCCUGGCGGAGACAGGCAAGUGGCACGUCAUCAUGGCCUGCCGCGACUUCCUCAAGGCGUCGCGCGCGGCCAAGGCGGCCGGCAUGGACAAGGACAGCUUCACCAUCGUGCACCUGGACCUCGCCUCUCUCGACAGCGUCCGCCAGUUCGUCAAGAACGUGCGCCAGCUGGAGAUGCCCAUCGACGUCGUGGUCUGCAACGCCGCCGUGUACCAGCCCACCGCCAAGGACCCGUCCUACACCGCCGACGGCUUCGAGAUGAGCGUCGGCGUCAACCACCUCGGCCACUUCCUCCUCGCCCGCGAGCUCCUCAGCGACCUCCAGUCCUCCGACUACCCCUCCAAGCGCCUCAUCAUCGUCGGCUCCAUCACCGGGAACACGAACACGCUGGCGGGGAACGUGCCGCCGAAGGCGAACCUGGGUGACCUGCGCGGCCUCGCCGGCGGCCUCAACGGCAUUGGCAGCUCGGUGAUGAUCGACGGCGGGGAGUUCGACGGCGCCAAGGCGUACAAGGACAGCAAGGUGUGCAACAUGCUGACGAUGCAGGAGUUCCACCGCCGGUACCACGAGGAGACGGGCGUCACCUUCGCGUCGCUCUACCCGGGCUGCAUCGCCACCACGGGCCUGUUCCGCGAGCACAUCCCGCUGUUCCGGCUGCUCUUCCCGCCGUUCCAGAAGUACAUCACCAAGGGGUACGUCUCCGAGGAGGAGGCCGGGAAGCGGCUGGCGCAGGUGGUGAGCGACCCCAGCCUGACCAAGUCCGGCGUGUACUGGAGCUGGAACAAGAACUCGGCGUCCUUCGAGAACCAGCUCUCCGAGGAGGCCAGCGACUCCGACAAGGCCAAGAAGCUGUGGGAGAUCAGCGAGAAGCUCGUCGGCUUGGCGUGACGGCCUGAUCGAUGCCCACCGUGGCCGGCGCCGGCAGCCGGUGACAGUUUUUUCCUAGGGCAUGUUCGUAGUUGGUCUCAGCCGACGUGUGGUGCACCCGUGUCAGAGUGCCAAGACAGAAAGUGUACACGUGUAAAAUAUGUGCUACUGCGCCGUGAUGGUUUUUGCAGUGGCCGAGGCUGUAUGUAACUCUAGCCUUUUGCUUUGCUUUGGUAAUUUUAAUUUACUGGUAAUAAGAGGACGACAAAUGCCUUUCGAGCUUCUUUGUCAGCAUUCAGCAAAUUCAGAUUUUUCUUGAGGA